UUACCUACUUUCCCUGUGCGAGAAAAGUUGGCAACACUUGCUAACACUGUUGCACUAAGCGAGAAGGGUUAGCGGGCGUUACGUUUAAAUACACAUACAGUAGGAUUUACUUUCGCUCUCUUGCCAGUUGGAAGGGAACAGAAAAGGAUAUCACGCGCUUCUUUCACCCCCGAGGAAAAUACUAAUACUACUAGCUUAUUCUACUACUAAUAUAACAACCACAGAGUGACCUUUCAACCACAACCACUAUGGAAUCUUCCCCUUCUGAUUCUCCGCACGAGGUUCUGCAGAGGGUGGCAGCAGAGCUGGGUUGCACUCCAACUUCGCGGAAUGUGGCCUUGUAUCUGGACAAACGGGACCCAUUGCAACAUCUGCGCAAACAGUUUUUGGUCCCCAGAGUUGGUGACCUGCCCCCCACCGACCUCACGCUGGUGGAAGGCACGGAGGACUGCAUUUACUUUGUGGGAAACUCGCUCGGACUGCAGCCAAAAUCCGCCAGAAAGUAUAUCGACGAGGAGCUGGACAAAUGGGCCAAAACGGGGGUCCAUGGACACAUGGAAGGCCACCGACCGUGGGCCUAUGCAGAGAAUACAAUCGAGGACCUUAUGGCAAACGUUGUCGGUGCCAAGCCUGAAGAGGUUGCCAUAAUGAACGGAUUAACAGUUAAUUUGCAUCUGUUGCUGCUGUCUUUCUACAGGCCGACGGAGAAACGUCACAAAAUCCUGAUCGAGGACAAGGCCUUUCCGUCUGACCACUACGCCGUUGAGUCCCAGAUCCGGCUGCGUGGGUUCGACCCCCAGCAGAGCUUGCUGCUAAUGAAAUCCAGAGCGGGGGAGGAGACUCUUCGGACGGAGGACAUCCUGGCCAUGAUCGAGAAGGAAGGAGAGUCCAUCGCCGUGGUCCUGUUCAGCGGCGUUCAGUACUACACCGGGCAACUUUUCAACAUGGCCGCCAUCACCACUGCUGGCCAGAGCAAGGGCUGCUUUGUGGGAUUCGACUGCGCGCACGCGGUCGGUAACGCCGAGCUCCGGCUGCACGACUGGGGGGUGGACUUCGCCUGCUGGUGUUCCUAUAAGUAUUUAAAUUCCGGGGCCGGGGGAUUGGCCGGGGCCUUCAUCCAUGAAAAACAUGCCCACACAGUCAAAUCAGCGUUGUGGGGCUGGUGGGGUCACGACUUGAAGACGAGAUUCGUCAUGAACAACGUAAUGGAUCUACUCCCAGGAAUAAGUGGAUUCAGGCUCUCAAACCAGCCUAUUCUACUGGUGUGCACCCUGCAGGCAAGUUUAGAGGUCUUCAACCAGACCAGCCUGCAGGCCCUGAGGAAGAAGUCGAAGCUCCUGACGGGCUACCUGGAGUACCUCAUCAAGCACUACUACACUCCGGACGAGGCCCACCCCGGCAAGCCCUACGUGCGCAUCAUCACCCCGGCCGACCCCGAGGAACGCGGCUGCCAGCUGUCUCUGUCCUUCUCCGUGCCCAUCCGCUCCGUCUUCAAAGAGCUGGAGAAGAGGGGCGUCGCCUGCGACAUGAGAGAGCCGAACAUCUUGAGGGUCGCGCCCGUGCCGCUCUACAACUCCUUCAGCGACGUGCAUCGCUUCGUCCACCUGCUGGGGUCAGCGCUCGAAGCCAGCAGCGACCUCCCGCUCAGCGCGUGACUGCGACCGACCGGCGGGCGAGCACCCGGGGACCUCCGUUUACCGUGACCAAUGUAGCCAGCUUCCAGGUCACGGUCCUGUGACACAUUUCGGAAAACCUUAGGUGGAAUGAAGCUGCUCCCUACUCACAUUUUUCAGAUGCACUCUGCAAUGCAAGUCCCGCAGUUGCACAGAUUCUGUUGAUAUCCCUGACUGGUGUCUGCAUUGCAAAUCCUUCCACCUACGCUAUAUGACCAAAGGUAUCUGGACAGCCCUUGGAUGGGGGCUGUUUUUCAUGAUUUGGGCUAGGCCACUUAGUUCUGGUGAAGGCACAUCUUAAUGCAAUAGCAUAGUCACAUUCUAGAUGAUUCUGUGCUUCCCCAACAGUUUGGGGAAGGCCCUUUUGCUGUUGACAUGACAAUACUCCCAGGCACACUGCGAGGUCCAAACAAAAAUGGAUUUGUCAAGAACAGUGGGGAAGAACUUGACUGGCCUGCACAGGACCCUGACCUCAACUCCAUCAAACACCUUUCGGAUCAGUUGGAAAGCCAACUGCAAGCCAGGUCUAAUUGCCCAAUCAAUGACUGACCUCACUAAUGCUCUUCUGGUUGAAUGGAAGCAAAUCCCUGUAGCAAUGCUCUAAUACCAAGCCUUCCCAGAAAAGUGGGAACGCCCAUAAUUUUGGAUGAGAUGAUUUCAGGUGCCCGCAUACUUUUGGCCAUGUAGUAUAUUUGUGAAAUGAGUGUGACUUGGAUUUAAACCAGUGCAAUUUUCAUCAACCUUACAUGAAAAAGGGGGAAAAUGCUGUGUUUGUGUCUUCAGUCACAAACUACAGGAUUACUUUUUAUUUUAUUCAGUAAUUCAAUCAAGUCUCAUCUUUGGGGAAUUAUAUAAUAAAAACAAUUUCUCAGUGUCUGAUCAAGGUCCUAAAAACAUUGUAACUGAAGUGAAUAGAUAUCGAAAGCUUGUGCCAUUCAUGAUGGGACAGAUCUUUGUUGCGACAGGUUUUUAUUCUGAGGGAGCAAAUGUGCAGGUUCACAGUGCCAACUGCCAAAGUUCCCAUAGCAGUGUAGAGUGGCGUGGGAUGGUUUCUCUUUUCACCCAAAUGCACAUCAUCUGUCCAAAGAAUAAAAUAAAUCACUUUGAAGCUGUC